AUGACCUCCGGGGCUUGCGCCUGUAACUACAUCAGUUACACAACAACCACCCCGCCAACUCGUCUCGUCAAUUGUCACUGUAAUACCUGCCGCAAGCAAGCUGGUGCACCAUACCAGACAUGGGCACAUUUCUCUACUGACGACAUCGAGUGGCAAAUAAAACCAACAAAGCGACGAGCAAGCAGCACAGCCACGCGCAGCUUCUGUCCUCGUUGCGGCUCGACCGUCAGUAUGGCUUUAGAUCGGAUUCCAGGGCUCAUUGGCCUAGCUGCGGGGACCCUCAAUGAGGGUGAUGCACCAAUUCCUCGGCCUAGCCAUCAUAUUUUCCUUGCUGAAAAGGCGGCAUGGUUUGAAGUGCCAGAGGAUGGGGCGCAGAAGUGGGAUUUGUGGAGUGAAUGGUAA